AUGACAACCGCCGCGCCUGCGUGGAGGAGGAAUUUCUACCCUUUGUGGCCCGAGCUGAGAGAAAUGAUUGCAGAGAAGUACGCGGAAGCUGGCGUGGGGAAGGACAUAUUCUACUAUGUCAUCUGCAUGUUCCCUGGAAAGGAAAACCUGGCCAUGCGCAAGGCGUCAGAGCGGCGGAGCAAUUACAACGGCCACAUCAAGACUUACGGGCGCGGCCCGGGCGGGUGCGUCCCAGAGAGUAAAUGGAAGGAGUUGGCGGACGAAGGAGUGGCGCCGCAGUGCAGCAGCUGGCACUUCAACGCUGCAACGUGUAGGCCGUUUGCCAACCGGGCAUUCGAACUCGUCCUGCUGCGCGGUUUUGGGAGCAAGAAGGCGACAACGAUCAUGGUGAAGUUCCCUGCAGUUGGAUACGCCUUGAAUGUGGUGGAAUGGCCUCUGGCAAAUGCCAGAGGGCAAGUGAACCCUGCACUCGACGGUUCCGAGACCGUGAACCAGCAGAAUGUCGAGGUGAAGAUCGGGCACCUAGUCACCUGGAUUAGGGAGACAUACGAGAACGGAGACACCGCGAUCUGGGACCCGGCUGCUCCUGCUGGCUUCAGGAUGUCCCCCAACGUGAAGCUAUUGAUUGAGGGUUAUGAGUCUCAGGUGUUCCCUGCAGGUUUACCCUAG